CUUCAAAUGCUCCGGGGCUUUGACCGACUCCAUGGCCUUCCACUGACCCUGCACCUGGAGCGCGCGGCUCACCUGGAGCGCGGCUGGGACGGACCUAACGACGCUUCGCGCAGGCGCCCCACCCUUGUACCGACUUGCCUGGAAACUGCUAGCCAGAUGUCGGAGACCUUAUCUACAGAACAAGCUAUAUUUAGAGAAGUCUGGAGCUCAGAGGAAGUGUCCCACGGAACUAGGAAUCAGACGUCUCAGGGGAAGGUUCCUGCCUGGCUACCACUGCUGGUACUCCUGAGGUGGACAAUAAGGGUGAUAGAUUCUUGGAAAAAAGAAGAAGAUGCAGAGUGAAACCAACUGCCCCUAAAUGAAUUGAUGCUGGUGGAGCAAAGCAGUGCUGCUGGUUUGAUGCUAACAGAACGGAGCAAGUCGCUUCUCCUCAUCCACGACCAUGUCAUUCUUCUGCUACCAUAGGAGAAAAAUGCCCCGUUCGUGACUCACACCAGUUUCCUACCCGCUAAAUAGGGGACAAACCUAGCCCCCGGACAGCGCGAAAGACAGGAUUUGGAGCAUCGGUGCUUGGCUUGGCCUCUUAUUGGGCAUGGAUGACGUCACUCGUCCAGGCGUGGCUCUAGUUGUGACGUUUCCCAAGGCAGAUGGUCAAGGACGCGGCGGAAGGCGGGAGCGGAAGGGCCGGAAGUUGUGGCCCGGCUGUGUCAACCUGGGAGCUGCAGGCUGGGAGUGUGGCUGAGACCGCGACCAUGGGCGGGAAGAACAAGCAGCGGACCAAGGGGAACCUGAGGCCUUCAAACAGUGGCCGAGCUGCAGAACUCCUUGCCAAAGAACAGGGAACAGUGCCUGGAUUUAUUGGUUUUGGAACGUCACAGAAUGACCUCGGCUAUGUUCCUGCUAUUCAGGGAGCUGAAGAAAUUGACAGUCUUGUAGAUUCUGAUUUCCGAAUGGUGCUGCGGAAACUUUCUAAGAAAGAUGUCACAACAAAGUUAAAAGCUAUGCAGGAAUUUGGAACCAUGUGUACAGAGAGAGACACAGAAGUCGUAAAAGGAGUUCUUCCAUACUGGCCAAGAAUUUUCUGCAAAAUUUCACUUGAUCACGAUCGCCGGGUUCGAGAAGCCACGCAGCAGGCUUUUGAAAAGCUUAUCCUUAAAGUAAAGAAACACUUGGCUCCUUAUUUAAAAAGUUUAAUGGGCUAUUGGUUAAUGGCUCAGUGUGAUACUUACACGCCAGCUGCAUCUGCAGCCAAGGAUGCCUUUGAAGCAGCUUUCCCUCCAAGCAAGCAACCUGAAGCCAUAGCAUUUUGUAAGGAUGAAAUUACAAGUGUGCUACAGGAUCAUCUUAUAAAAGAAACACCUGAUACACUCAGUGAUCCACAAACGGUUCCAGAGGAAGAAAGAGAAGCUAAAUUCUAUCGGGUUGUAACUUGUUCCUUAUUGGCAUUAAAAAAAUUGCUUUGCCUCUUACCUGAUAAUGAGCUUGAUUCUCUGGAGGAAAAAUUUAAGUCUCUUUUAUCACAGAAUAAGUUUUGGAAAUAUGGAAAACACAGUAUACCUCAGAUCCGCUCAGCUUAUUUUGAGUUAGUUUCUGCUUUGUGCCAGCGUAUUCCACAGUUGAUGAAAGAUGAAGCAUCCAAAGUGAGCCCAUCUGUUCUACUUAGCAUUGAUGACAGUGACCCCAUUGUAUGCCCGGCUCUCUGGGAAGCUGUACUUUAUACACUUACAACUAUUGAGGACUGUUGGCUUCAUGUAAAUGCAAAAAAAAGUGUGUUUCCAAAGCUGUCAGCUGUGGUUCGUGAAGGCGGUCGGGGUUUGGCUACCAUCAUAUAUCCUUAUCUUUUGCCAUUUAUCAGCAAACUCCCUCAGUCCAUUACAGAUCCAAAGUUGGAUUUCUUCAAAAAUUUCCUCACCUCUGUAGUUGCAGGGCUGUCAACAGAGAGAAUCAAAACCAGCUUUUCAGAGUGCUCAGCAGUAAUAUCAGCUUUUUUUGAAUGCUUACGUUUUAUAAUGCAGCAAAACUUAGGUGAGGAAGAGAUUGAAGAGAUGCUCAUCAGUGAUCAGUUGAUUCCUUUUAUUGAUGCAGUUCUCAAAGAUCCAAGAUUGCAAGAUGGGCAGCUAUUUAACCAUUUAGCAGAAACCUUAAGUUCCUGGGAAGCCAAAGCAGAUGUGGAAAAAGAUGAUAAAAUAGCUCACAGUUUGGACAAAGUACUACUGAAUUUUUGGGAAAGACUGUCAGAGAUCUGUGUGGAGAAAAUCAAUGAGCCAGAAGCUGAUGUGAAAUCCGUGUCAGGUGUUUCUAACCUGUUACAGGUCCUUCAGAAGCCGAAGAGCUCACUGAAGUCAAAUAAAAAAAAAGUUGGUAAGGUUAGAUUUGCUGACGAGCUGCCUGAAAGUAAUAAAGAGAACGAAAAAUGUGUCUCCUCCGAAGGCGAAAACAGUGAAGGCUCUGAAUUAAUGACUGAACUUUCUCUCUCUCAUAAUUGUUCAGACCUUGUAUCGCCACUAAGGAAGAAACCUUUGGAAGACUUGGUCUGUAAACUAGCAGCGAUGAGUAUUAAUUAUGUCAAUGAGCAAAAGUCAGAGCAACAUCUAAAGUUUCUUUCCACUCUGCUCAGCUCUUUCUCUUCAACCCAAGUAUUUAAAAUGCUACUAGGUGAUGAAAAACAGAGUAUUGUCAAAGCCAAACGUCUUGAAAUAGCCAGACUUGUGGAAAAAAAUCCUGCUGUACAGUUUUUAUACCAGAAACUGAUAGGUUGGCUAAAUGAAGAUCAAAGGAAGGAUGCUGGUUUCUUGGUGGACAUUUUGUACAGUGCCCUCUGUUGCUGUGACAAUAAUAUGGAAAGAAAGUAUGUCUUGGAUGAUCUCAUUGAGGGGAAUCUGAAAUGGAAUUCUAUUCUUCAGGUCAUUGAAAAGGCAUGUUCUAGUUCAGAUAAACAUGCUUUAGUAACUCCUUGGCUAAAAGGAGAUAUCCUUGGAGAGAAAUUGGUAACCCUGGCAGAUCAUCUUUGUCAUAAGGACUUGGAAUCCACAGUAUCUUCUGAUUCUUACUUCUCGGAGAGAUGGGCUCUUCUAAGCUUGGUAUUAUCCCAACAUGUUAAAAAUGAUUACUUGAUUGGAGAAGUAUAUGUUGAAAGAAUUAUUGUUAAACUUCAUGAAACUUUAUCCAAAGUAAAGGAAUUGUCAGAAGCUGAAAAUAAUGAUUCAUCAGUGUCUUUUAUCUGUGAUGUGGCCUAUAACUAUUUCAGCUCAGCAAAAGGAUGCUUGCUAAUGCCAUCCUCUGAAGACUUAUUAUUAACUCUCUUUCAGUUAUGUGCUCAGAACAAAGAAAAAACACAUUUGCCAGACUUUCUUGUCUGUAAACUGAAAAAUACUUGGCUCUCUGGUGUGAAUUUAUUGACCCACCAAACUGGCAGUACAUGUAAACAGAGUACCUUCCUAUGUUUGUCUGCUCUGUGGCUGAAGAACCAAGUUCAGUCUUCAUCUUUGGAUAUCAAAAGUCUUCAAGUCCUCUUGUGUGCUGUUGAUGACUUGCUAAAUAUGCUUCUAGAAAGUGAAGAUACUAAUCUUCUGGGAGUUUAUAUUGGAAGUGUAAUGCCAAGCAACAGUGAAUGGGAAAAGAUGAGACAGUCUCUUCCAAUGCAGUGGUUGCAUAGACCUCUUUUAGAAGGAAGAUUGAGUUUGAAUUAUGAGUGUUUCAAAACAGAUUUUAAAGAACAAGAUGCAAAGAAACUUCCCAGCCAUUUGUGUACUUCAGCAUUAUUGAGCAAAAUGAUAUUAGUUGCACUGAAAAAGGAAAUAGUCCUAGAAAAUAAUGAGCUUGAGAAAAUAAUUGCAGAACUGCUCUAUUCACUGCAGUGGUAUGAAGAAUUAGACAAUCCCCCUAUUUUUCUAACUGGAUUUUGUGAAAUGCUUCAAAAGAUGAAUAUUACAUAUGAUAACUUAUGUGGACUUGGUAAUACCUCUGGCCUUUUACAGCUGCUAUUUAACAGAUCCAUGGAAAAUGGCACCCUUUGGUCUCUUAUUAUUGCUAAGUUGAUCCUUUCCCGAAGUGUUUCAUCUGAUGAAGUAAAACGGCAUUAUAGGAGAAAAGAAGGGUUUUUCCCACUAACAGAAGGCAAUAUGCAUACCAUUCAAAGUCUCUGUCCGUUUUUGUCAAAAGAAGACAAGAAAGAAUUCAUUGCUCAAUGUAUACCUCCCCUUUUGGCCUGGACUAAGGAAGAUCUUUGCAGUACUAAUGGAGGUUUUGGACAUCUUGCCAUUUUCAACUCUUGUCUGCAAACCAGAAGCAUAGAUGAUGGGGAGCUAUUACAUGGUAUAUUAAAAAUUCUAAUAUCCUGGAAGAAAGAUCAUGAAGAUGUUUUUCUUUUCAGUUGUAAUCUAUCAGAAGUAAGUCCAGAGAUACUAGGUGUGAAUAUAGAAAUAAUCCGGUUCCUUUCCUUGUUCCUGAAAUACUGUUCAUCUCCUUUGGCAGAGAGUGAAUGGGACUUCAUCAUGUGCUCCAUGUUGGCUUGGUUGGAGACAACAAGGGAGAAUCACACACUGUAUUCUGUUCCACUUGUACAACUGUUUGCCUGUGUCAGCUGUGAUUUGGCCUGUGAGCUCAGUGCUUUUUUUGAUUCCACAACUCUGGACACCAUUGGCAAUCUCCCCGUGAAUCUAAUCAGUGAAUGGAAAGAAUUUUUUUCCCAAGGCAUCCACAAUUUGCUUUUACCUCUUUUGGUGACUGUUACAGGAGAAAGCAAAGAUACAUCUGAAACAUCCUUCCAGAAUGCAGUGCUGAAGCCCAUGUGUGAAACAUUAACAUAUAUCCCAAAGGACCAGCUAUUGAGUCAAAAACUCCCUUCAAAAUUGGUUGCUGGCCAAAAAACAAACUUACCAGAAUAUCUUCAGACUUUGCUAAAUACUUUGGCCCCAUUACUCCUCUACAGAGCUCGGCCUGUGCAAAUUGCUGUUUACCAUAUGCUAUACAAAUUGAUGCCUGAAUUACCACAAUAUGAUCAGGAUAAUCUGAAGUCAUACGGAGAUGAAGAAGAAGAACCAGCCUUGUCACCACCAGCAGCGCUGAUGUCUCUUCUUAACACUCAAGAGGACUUACUAGAAAAUGUUUUGGGGUGUAUUCCUGUUGGACAGAUAGUUACUAUUAAGCCACUGAGUGAAGACUUCUGCUAUGUUCUGGGAUAUCUCCUCACUUGGAAAUUAAUACUUACUUUCUUCAAAGCUGCUUCAUCUCAGCUUCGGGCUCUGUAUUCAAUGUACCUUCGAAAAACAAAAAGUUUGAAUAAAUUGCUCUAUCACCUGUUCAGGCUGAUGCCAGAAAAUCCGACUUAUGCAGAGACAGCUGUUGAGCUCUCUAAUAAGGAGCCUAAAACAUUCUUUACGGAAGAGCUCCAGUUGAGUAUUAGAGAAACAGCAACUCUUCCAUACCAUAUCCCACACUUGGCUUGUUCAGUCUAUCAUAUGACACUAAAAGACUUACCUGCCAUGGUUAGGCUGUGGUGGAAUAGUAGUGAGAAGCGUGUUUUCAAUAUUGUAGAUAGAUUUACAAGCAAGUAUGUCAGCAGUGUUCUUUCUUUUCAAGAAAUUUCUUCUGUACAAACAAGUACACAACUAUUUAAUGGCAUGACGGUUAAAGCUCGGGCUACUACUCGAGAAGUGAUGGCUACUUACGCUAUUGAGGACAUAGUUAUUGAGCUUAUUAUACAGCUGCCUUCAAAUUAUCCACUGGGCUCAAUAACCGUGGAGAGUGGGAAGAGAGUGGGAGUGGCUGUUCAGCAGUGGCGGAACUGGAUGCUGCAGUUGAGCACUUACCUCACCCAUCAAAAUGGAAGCAUUAUGGAAGGCCUAGCAUUAUGGAAAAAUAAUGUAGACAAACGUUUUGAGGGUGUUGAAGAUUGCAUGAUCUGUUUCUCAGUCAUUCAUGGUUUCAACUAUUCUCUUCCAAAAAAAGCCUGUAGAACAUGCAAGAAGAAGUUCCAUUCAGCCUGCUUGUACAAAUGGUUUACGUCUAGCAACAAAUCCACUUGUCCACUCUGUCGUGAGACCUUUUUCUGAAAAUUUUUUUCCAUUGGAAGUGAUCCCUGAAGUAAAUCAAGCAGAGUGUGGCUUUGGAUCCACCUUGAAGUAUUGAUGUGAGGAGGCCAGUGAGCGUUCCUUUUAAAUGAGACCUUCUCUGGAAAAUUAUUUUGGUUAAUGUAAUGAUCCUAAAUCAGGUUUACUUAUCUUUAGAUUGCUUUGUAAAUGUUUGGAAACCUUUUCUUUUACAUAAGAAUAUUACAUAUUUGAGAGAAAAUAUUUAUAUUAAUAGUUUAAUCUUUUUGUAUAUUUAAAAAUAAAUACGGAAAAACCCUAAAUUACAGAAUUGGAAUUUGUGAAAGCACUGUACAACUAUAUUAUACUAAAAACAACAGUUUGUUCAUCUAUAUUCUAAAAGUCCAACUGACGCAAAUGAAUGGAGAAGGUUGAUUUCUAUCUACAGAUAUUUUAAGACUUAUUUAUUAGUUAUGACAACAAAAUUAAUUAGUAUUUGGAUAUUUGUAGAUUAUUUUAAUGAUAAAAUGAGGCUAAGCUAUUAAUAUAGCUUAUUAUAAGCUAUUUGAAGCAUGCUUUGAAAUCCUAUAGCAAAGAGUGUAAACUGAACUUUAAGGUGUCUCCAUUUAUCAAGGGUUAUGAAAUUCAGAAAAUUCACAGCACUGACCUUUUGCUGUGGAAGAAUUUCCAUGUAUUAAUGAAAUUUGAAUUGCAGAUCUGUCAGUGACUUUAUUAUUACUCAGUUUGAGUGAGUCUCCAGAGGAUAUGAAUUUGAGAGAAGCAAAAAUUAGAUUAUUUCACUCAGGAAGCAGAGUGGUAGUUAUACCUCUGUUGAGAGGGAAGAAAUAAGUAUUUCUGAAAUUUAACAUUGGUGGAAAAAACAAAAAAUUAUAAAAUGUUGCAGGAGGCUUUCAAUUUUGUAAGCAAUCUUUGCUAUUCUUACUGGCCAAGAUUACACUAAAUUAGAGAUUUGGGGGAGCUUAUUUUUUCCAGCCUUUAGAAGUACAAGUUAAUAAUUUUAGUACUAAGUAAAAUUCAGUAUAAUGGGCUGAAAUGAAGUAGGUGGGAACCUGCCUUUUGCCACAGCACUGUUACCCUUAAAAAAUUGUGCCCAAGAUAUAAACAUGUGGAAGUUUGGAACUUGGAAUAAUUUUUUGCAGUCUUCCAUUACACGGGAAAUAUUAGCAUAUCUAGUAGCAAGUUUACUUGAAGAUCAGCUGAUCAUCUCUGUUGCAAAUGUUUAAUUGGCAAAAAGCAAGUCAUGUUAAAUAAAAUCACUGCUUACCAUCAA